UGCAGCCACUGAGGGGAGAUGCCAUGUCCUGCACCUUCACAGCCCUGCUCUGUCUUGGACUGACUCUGAGCCUCUGGAGCCCAGUGCUGACAGGGUCCCUCCCUAAGCCUAUCCUCAGAGUACAGCCAGACUCUGUGGUCUCCAGGUGGACUAAGGUGACCUUCUUGUGUGAAGAGACAAUUGGAGCAAAUGAGUACCGCCUCUAUAAAGAUGGAAGGCUAUAUAAAACAGUCACAAAGAACAAACAGAAGCCAGCAAACAAGGCUGAAUUCUCAUUGCCAAAUGUAGACCUGAGUAAUGCAGGUCAAUAUCAAUUUUCCUACAGCACCCAGGAUGAAUCAUCAGGCUACAGUGACCCCCUUGAGCUAGUGGUGACAGGAGCCUACAGGAAACCCAGCCUUUCNGCCCAGGCCAGCCCUGUGGUAACUUCAGGAGGGUAUGUCACCCUCGAGUGUGAGUCCGGGGAGAACUAUCACAGGUUCAUUCUGACUGUAGAAGGACAACAGAAGCUCUCAUGGACACAAGACUCACAGUAUAACCACUCGACAGGGAAGUACCACGCCCUGUUCUCUGUGGGCCCUGUGACCUCCAACCUGAGAUGGAUAUGCAGAUGCUAUAGUUAUGACAGGUACACACCAUAUGUGUGGUCACCUCGAAGUGAAUCCCUGGAGCUCCUGGUCUCAGGUAAUCUCCAAAAACCAACCAUCAAGGCUGAACCAGGCUCUGUGAUCGCCUCCAAAAGAGCAAUGACCAUCUGGUGUCAGGGGAACCUGGAUGCAGAAGUAUAUUUUCUGUAUAAUGAAAGAAGCCAAAAACCACAGAGCACACAAACCCUACAGGAGCCUGGGAACAAGGGCAAGUUCUUCAUCCCUUCUGUGACAGGACAACAUGCAGGGCGAUAUCGCUGUUAUUGUUACAGCUCAGCUGGUUGGUCACAGCCCAGUGACACCCUGGAGCUGGUGGUGACAGGAAUCUAUGAACACUAUAAACCCAGGCUCUCAGCACUGCCCAGCCCUGUGGUGACAGCAGGAAGAAACAUGACCCUCCACUGUGUCUCACACAGUCACUAUGAUAAAUUCAUUCUCACCAAGGAAGAUAAGAAAUUCAGCAACUCACUGGACACAGUUUAUAUAUCUUCUAGUAGACAGUACCAAGCCCUGUUUAUUAUAGGACCCACAACCCCAACCCAUACAGGGACAUUCAGAUGUUAUGGUUACUACAAGAAGGCCCCAGAGCUCUGGUCAGUACCUAGUGAUCUCCAACAAAUACUCAUCUCAGGGUUGUCCAAGAAGCCCUCUCUGCUGACUCAACAAGGCCAUAUCCUGGACCCUGGAAUGACCCUCUCCCUACAGUGUUUCUCUGACAUCAACUAUGACAGAUUUGCUCUGCACAAGGUGGGGGGAGCUGUCAUUAUGCAGCACUCUAACCAGCAGACUGACACUGGCUUCUCUGUGGCCAAUUUCACACUGGGCUAUGUGAGCACCUCCACUGGAGGCCAAUACAGAUGCUAUGGUGCAUACAACCUCUCCUCUGAGUGGUCAGCCUCCAGUGACCCCCUGGACAUCCUGAUUCCAGGACAACUCCCUUUCACUCCUUCCCUCUCAGUGAAGCCUAACUACACAGUGCACUCAGGAGAGAACGUGACCCUGCUGUGUUGGUCAAUGGACUCUGUGGAUACUUUCAUUCUGUCCAAGGAGGGAUCAGCCCAGCAACCCCUGAGACUAAAAUCAAAGUCCCAUGAUCAGCAGUUUCAGGCAGAAUUCUCCAAGAGUCCUGUGACCUCCCAUCUCUCAGGCACCUACAGGUGCUAUGGUGCUCAAAACUCAUCUUUCUACCUCUUGUCAUCUGCCAGUGCCCCUGUGGAACUCACAGUCUCAGAAACCAUUGAAUCCUCCACCUGGCCUCGCAAAAGGCCCAUCCCACCAAUUGUCAUGUCAGCUUGGGAGUAUCAAAGACCAGCAAAUAUCCCAAAAGACAAACCAGAGGCUGGGGCUUAA